CUUUCAAUUUUUAUCAGUGUAGGUAAACGUCAAAAUUACUUAAAAUGUUUCUCAUUCCUUCAAUGUGGUCUUGUUAGGGAAUUUGGUGCAUUUUUCAUAAGCAAAAUAUCCCCUCAAAUAUCCUCUCUGUGCACGCCAGGAGGGCUCAAGAGUGCUCAAUCAUCUCACGAGAAUCAAAUGCAGGAAGAACUUUAAUCAAACUAUGAGAGACUUCUAUAAACCGGAUGAACCAGAAUACGUGGAUAUAGACAACGAGGAAGAGAUUUUUGCUGAGAUUCAUUUUGUGGAUGAGGCAGGAAACGAGAUGGCGAGUGAGGCUGAAGAGGAUUUCGAAUUCAAUCCAGCUGCUGAAUCUGAUUCGGAUUUUGAACCAUCAAGCUGCGAGUCGGAGGAAGAGGUAGAGAAUGAAGCUGAUGAGGAUAUCAAUGAGGAUGAAAAGGACGAGCAGGAUGGUCAGGAAGUGGAGAAAAUGAAGACAUCCACAGAGGAUGGUGCGGAUGAAGAUUAUGCCAUUGUGCAGAGAAUAAUAAGUGAACUGAAAAUGCCACGAAACCACCCAAAGGACAUUCAAACAGAAGACUUUGUAACAGACAUCUCCUUCCAUCCCAUCUCAGACCAUUUGGCCGUUGCACUAAUUACAGGUGAUGUCGUUAUGUAUAAGUACUCCCUGGAGGAGAACACAAUCGCCGACACGUACGAACUGCACACAAAAGCCUGUCGCGAUGUGGAAUUCAGCGAGGAUGGCGAUGUGCUGUACUCAACGUCCAAAGACAAAAGCAUAAUGCUGACAGAUGUAAAAACGGGCAAACUCAAGAGAUACUACGACAAUGCCCACGAAACAGCCAUCUACUGCGUGAGGCCAAUAAAUGAGAAUCUCAUUGCGACAGGUGAUGACGAUGGGCACCUCAAAGUUUGGGAUUUACGAACGCAGGAAAAGAGCCCGCUCUUCUCGCUCCAUGAAGUCGAUGACUACAUUUCCAGUAUUCACUCCAAUGACUCCAAGAAGAUUCUACUAAUGACAAGCGGAGAUGGGUAUUUAACAUCGAUUAAUCUCGGAGCAAGGAAGAUGUACGUUCAAUCGGAACAAUACGAGGAAGAACUCACUUGCAUGGGUCUCUACAGGAAUGACUCAAAACUCGUGGUGGGCACAUCAAAGGGGCGAAUGUAUUCAUUCAAUUGGGGCGAAUUUGGCUACCACUGUGACGUCUUCAAUGGACCAAAGACAGCCAUUAAUGCCAUGCUACCCAUCACACAGCGAAUGGGUGUUCUUGGAUGCGAAGAUGGACUUUUACGUGCCGUAAACACCGUUCCCGGACGAAGUCUCGGUGUUGUUGGGCAGCACAGUCUCGCUGUGGAAACAAUGGAUAUCAGCAACACGGGUGAAUUUAUUGCAUCAAGUUCGCAUGAUAAUGACAUCCGCUUCUGGAAUAUCAAGUACUUUGAGGACUUUGACGAUGAUAUGCCAGCAAAGGAUUCGAGGUACAAUCUACCCUCGUCCAAAUAUACAAAUGCACGGGAUUUCUUUUCCGGACUUGUUGAUUAAGUUUUCCUUUUUUCUCCUCGAAUGGUGCGCAUCCAGCAAAUAAGAUUUGUUUAUUCAUUAAUGUAGAUAUGGUUUAAAAUUAAAUGAUUAUAAGCGAUAGUA